AUGGCACGGUCAAGCUCCUCCUCUGGAACCCCUCAGGAAAAGCACGACGUGUUCCUGAGCUUCAGAGGCGAGGACACACGCUACACUUUCACGGGCCACCUUCAUGCCUCCUUAACCCGACUCCAAGUCAACACAUACAUUGACUACAAUCUCCAGAGAGGGGAAGAGAUAUCGUCCUCUCUUCUUAGGGCCAUUGAGGAGGCAAAACUCUCCGUCAUUGUUUUCUCCAAAAACUAUGGAAACUCCAAGUGGUGUUUGGAUGAGCUUGUGAAAAUACUAGAAUGUAAGAGGAGGAGGGGGCAGAUUGUGUUGCCCGUUUUCUAUGACAUAGAUCCCUCCCAUGUGCGGAACCAGACAGGAACGUACGGAGAGGCGUUUGAGAAACAUGAGAGACAAUUGCAGGGUCAGAAGGAGAAGGUGCAGAAAUGGAGGGAGGCUCUAAGGGAAGCUGCUAAUUAUUCCGGUUGGGAUUGCUCCGUCAACAGGAUGGAGUCUGAACUGAUAGAAAAAAUCGCAAAUGAUGUGUUGGAAAAACUAAAUCGAGUAUAUGUUGGGGACCUAGAUCAGCAGAUAGCAAAGCUAGAGCAACUUGCGCAACUCCAACAUCAGUUUUAUCAAAAGAUAUGUACCUUUGAAAACCUGCAAAAUCACAACGCAACAGUUCAACGUAUCACAGAACUUAAAAUGGAGAGAAGUGUCCGCAUGCUUCGCUUGUCACCUGACAUGCUUUCACAUUUGACAGAUUCAAAGAACAAUACUAAUUAUUUUGACUUUUAA